AUGAAACUGACUGACUUUCUUCAAGUUCGGAAAAUAUACCCUUUUAAACAAUCUGAUUCGUUUUUUCGGAAAGAUCAGUGGCUUCGGUUUGCAUUCCUCUUCCGAGGGAGAUCGGCACGAUGCUUCCGUUUGGCUCAUAAUCAGGUUACUAAGGCCCUUAUGCAUGUUAAGGAAGUCCGAGAAUCCCGUAGCCGUGAUAUGUAUGCCUUGUGGGAUGCUCGAAUUGAUCGCGCCUCUAAAGAUCAUGGUCUCCAUUCCUCUAGAGCUCUCUACGCUGGCCUUUCUCAGGCCAACAUUGCUUUGAAUAAAAAUAUGCUUCACACCCUCUCUCUGUAUGAACCUCGCACAUUUGAAAGUUUAGUCGAUAUUGCCAAGCAAUAUCACAUUGAUGCUGGUUGCCAAGUUCCACAUACUUCCCCACCUUCAGGACCCUUUGUAUCCCGAGGUCUUAUUUCAGAGCCGAUUUCCCCUGGUAACAAGCAUUUAUAUGAAUGA